CCUCCUCCUGCUGCUGCUGCUGUUCUGCCUCGCCGCGGGCUGAUGGCUCGCGCUACUUUCCCAAAAAAAUACUACUAAAGAGGAAAACAAACAAACAAACUAACUAACAAAAAACAAACUUUAUUUCGGAGUCUUGGACCGGAGCGGUCGUCGUCCAGAUGGCCUCAGAUGGACUGAAAUAAAACUGAGAUGAUGGAGGGAGCCUGGCUCAGAAGGAGGAGCCCUGAAAAAGCUCAUGUUGCCAUCUUACUGCUUUUCAUGUGUGAGCUCAUCACUGCCCAUGAAUUGACACAAAGGCCCCCGACGCCAAAGUGUGAACCAGAGGAAUAUCUCAAUGAAGAGCGAGGAGUAUGCUGCAAUAAAUGCCCUCCAGGUUUUAAACUCGUAGAAAUGUGCCUCAUUGAGAACCACAGAAGUACAUGUGCAAAAUGCCCGAAAGGACAAUACAGAGACUCCAUAAACUACGCCUCCACCUGUAGGAUCUGUCGACAGUGCAAAGAUGAAAAGAAUGAAUUUCAAAAAAAGGCAUGUAAGACUGACCAGAACACUAUUUGCCAGUGUAAACCUGGUUUUUACAGGUUUAACAUAAAUUCUGAAACCUACGAGUGUCGCAGGUGUUCACAGUGUAAACCCGAUGAAUGGGAAAGGCACACAUGUACACCAACCAAUAACACUGUUUGUGGCUGUAAGGAGAACUACCACAGAGUCAACAACCAAUGCGAACCCUGCACCACAUGUACUGCUGAGUGCAAUCUUCACUGUAUCUCACCUCCCUCCAAAACGCAAGGUCCUGGUCCUUCAAACACGUUCUUCAUUAAUGUGAUUGCUGGAAUCGGGGCCGUGGUUCUCGUGAUGUUUGCGGCGGUGGUUCUCGUCACACACAAGUUAACAAAACGUUUCACUCAGAGAGAGCCGAGUCAUCCAGUGCUCCAACAAUCUGAAGAUUCCCCAGAAUCAUGCAAGCAAAUCCUGAUCGUGAGUGAGGAGCCCUCACAGACCGACACUGCCGUUCCUCACAGCCUCACGAGUGAACAAGAAGGUUCCAAUCUGCCCGACUGCGUCCCCCUGGAAAUCAAGAUCUCUGACCUGAUCUACACUGUGCUGGAUCUGGUGUCGGCGCUGCAGGUCAAGCAGCUGGUGCGCUCUCUCGGCGUGAACGACACGGAAAUCGAACAGGCGGAGCUGGAUUACCGGUCCUGCCGAGAGGCUCACUACCAGAUGCUGCGGGUCUGGGCCGAGAGGGGCUCGCGUGCCGGCGGCGGGGGCCACGGAGGAAUGCUGCACCGGCCGCUGCUGGAGGAGCUGCUGGACAAACUGAGAAAGAUGCAUCUGGGAAACGCAGCCGAACAGCUCGAGACGAAAUACGAAAUUCAGUGAUUCUGCAGCAUGUGCCACGAACAAUGGAAAAACGAGCAAAACCAAGUACUGGUCUCUGUUGUGAGACGCGCUCACGACUGGGAAGGACACAGAGAAAUGGUGCUGAAAACAGAGAGGCAGUUCGACUUCAGAAGACCUGGAGCUUUUGACCAAACAGAAAGACUGAGCAAAAGAUCAAAUAAGUCAGAUUGACUGAAGCCUUUUUUCAAAGAAUAUUUUACAGAAUGUGUGUAGUAUAUGUAUAUAUUUUUAUAUCAAUCCUAAGAACGUUUUGGUGCUGUGGUUAUCACUCUGGCCUCACAGCACAAAGACACCUGUUUGAGUUUGGACCCUUUCCUUUAGGAAUUGUAGGGUUUGCUGCAGGUUCUCCUUUAUACCACAAUCCAAAGACAUUCAUACUGCCGAGACCAUACAGGUAUAGGCAACAAUUAUUGACAGUCUUUUAUUUUUCCUUUUCUUUGUGAGAGUUAGAUGAAUGGACUUGGACAGCUCAUAGUUACUCCAACUCUGUCCAGGAAACAGAAGCUAACCUCCAAAAACUCAGUAUAUCAUAUGCUUCAAUCUGAACAAUAUAAACAUGAUUACCAGUAUUUGUGGUCUGAUGGGGAUUUACGUGGUUCAAGUAUUUUUUAAGAGUUUUAGAGAUGAAUGCGUUCGCUGGACAGAACCUUUGACUGAGCUCUUUUUAGCUAAACAGGUAUUUUUUUUUGUCAGCUAUACAAGGUGAAAUGUUACUUUCUCAGUGGAAACAUGAGAAAAGUAUCAAUGCGUGAGAGUAACUUUCAACAAGAAGGUGAAUCAGCAGAUUUUCAAAAAGUUGGACUGAUUCUCCGGCCUUGACGCAUUCUUCUCUAAGAUUUCAUUUCUUUAGUUGUCAAUCUAUGCAAACAUAUAGAAAUGUUAGUUUAAAUAUAGAAAAAUGUGUUUAAAUGUUGCUGACUACAAACUGUACAACUGUAUUCUCACUUAGCUUUUUAAGAAAAAGUAGUUUGUUAUUCAACAGUGGCCAGUGCAAUGAUCUUUGAUGUGUUGUUUUUUUUGUUUUGUUUUUUUUUCCAAAUUUCAGUCUUUUUUCCUUAGUAUGAAAAUUGUUGAAUCACUGUAAAUCUUGACACCCGAGGCGGUGCCACAGGGUAGGCUGGUAUUAGUGGGUUUUGUCCACUCUGCGGAGCAGACCUCUGCCUCAGCUCUGAAGGCCUUCCGCAGCGCCAGUCAUCGCUCUGAACCCCAUCAUGCAAGCAUUAUUCAUCACUGCAGGAAAAACGCGAGACACGCCUUGUCUCAGUCUGCCUCAGCCAAGUAACUCUUCUAAUACCGGUCCUGGCAUGCAGAUGGAGAUAUGAAUCAUUAACACUUCACACACACCGAAAGAAAUGUCAUUUCAAAGCCCGCUGGCCCUGUUGGACACUGUAUUAGACAUUAAGCUCAUUUACCGACUGAACAGGGAGUGUUAAACCAUGUUCUGCAGCUCUUCAAAGUUAAUAUAUCACUUUUAAAUAAAUAUAUAUGUAUAUA